UUUGACAAGUCGUAAAUUGUCAAACUGCUUACGAUAGGUGUCUCAUACCUACCGAAGAAAAUUAAAUAAAUUAUCCUAAGAAAAUCUUAUCGGUGGCUUCGUUUGCGAUCAGUUCAUAGCACAGGUGCGUUGAGCAAUGUUACACUGUCAAUUAACACGUUGAUCGAGCCAUAUGGAGCAAAUAAAUCAUCCUUUUUUGUAUACAUGGUCUACAGCACAAAUGACGAACCAGGCGUCUCCGGUGGAGGAGCAGGAGAAACUCCUGGAUGAGGCGUUGAAUACAGUCAAAGUGCAGGCAUUUCAGAUGAAGAGAUGUCUGGACAAGUCGAAGCUGAUGGAUGCUCUGAAGCACGCCUCCACCAUGCUGGGCGAGUUGAGGACAUCACUACUGUCUCCUAAGAGCUAUUAUGAGCUUUACAUGGCCAUAACGGAUGAGCUCCGUCACCUCGAGCUCUACCUCCUCGAAGAAUUCCAAAAAGGUCGCAAGGUAGCCGACCUCUAUGAGUUGGUGCAAUACGCUGGCAACAUCGUCCCACGGUUGUACCUGCUUAUAACUGUGGGGCUUGUGUAUAUCAAGACUAAUAGUAAUCUGAGGAGGGAUUUAUUAAAGGAUCUUGUGGAGAUGUGCAGAGGAGUGCAGCAUCCUCUCCGAGGGUUGUUCCUGAGGAACUACCUCCUGCAGUGCACCAGGAAUGUGUUACCCGAUACUUCUGAGGCACAGAAUGAAAAUGAAGGCGUUGUAAAAGAUGCGAUCGACUUUGUCCUGAUGAACUUUGCUGAAAUGAACAAACUGUGGGUCAGGAUGCAGCAUCAGGGUCACUCCAGGGACAAAGAGCGUCGCGAACGCGAACGUUCCGAACUACGCAUCCUAGUAGGCACGAACCUCGUCCGCCUCUCCCAGUUGGAGUCCGUCACAGUGGAAGACUAUGGACGCCUGGUGCUGCCCGGCAUCCUGGAGCAAGUCGUCAGCUGCCGGGACGCCAUAGCCCAGGAGUACCUCAUGGAGUGCAUCAUACAGGUGUUCCCCGACGAAUUCCAUCUAGCGAAUCUUCAACCGUUCCUGAAGUCCUGCGCUGAACUACAGCCAGGAGUGAACAUCAAGAACAUCAUCAUAGCUCUUAUCGAACGACUUGCUACUUAUAGCCAGAGAAACGAAGGCAAUAUAAAUCUGAGUGUUGUGAUGGAAGAUGGCAAGGAACAAGAAGUGCAACUCUUCGAAGUGUUCUCAGACCAAGUGGCUGCUAUCACACAGUCUCGCACAGACAUGCCCCCAGAAGACAUGCUAUCCCUUCAGUUGGCACUACUGAAGCUAGCGCAGCGCUGCCACCCUGACAAACUUAACUACGUCGACAGAGUUCUCGCUCACACUGACAAGAUUUGUGCUGAUAUACAUCAGGCUAGCGGCAAAACCCACCUAGAACACAACACGGCAGUUUUCAAAGAACUCAUGAAGAUCCUCAAGCUGCCUGCAGACCACUAUAAGAACAUUCUGACACUGAUCAAACUGCAGAACUAUGCGCCGCUGAUCAAGCAUCUGAACCAUCCGGGCAGAAUAAUGAUCGCUGUUCAUCUGAUCAACGACGUUUUGGAAACUGAUUGCAUGAUUUCUACUCCGGAGGACGUAGAAGCAGUACUGGCGAUGUUAGACGUUUUAGUAAAAGACCAACCCGAUCAACCGACUACAGAGCCUGAUGUAGAAGAUUUUAUGGAAGAACAGGGCUUGUUAGCAAGGUUAAUCCAUCACUUCAAGUCCGAUUCUGCCGACCGUCAGUACCUGAUCCUGUCGUCAGCCCGCAAGGCGCUGCAGGCGGGCGGCGCGGCGCGGGUGCGGCACAGCUUCCCGCCCAUACUGUUCCACGCGUACAGUCUAGCGCAUACAUACAGGGAGCUGAGGGAUACUGACGAAAUGUGGGAGAAGAAGUGUCAGAAAAUAUUCCAGUUUUGUCAUCAGACUAUCAGUAUGUUAGUCAAAGCUGAACUUGCUGAAUUGCCUUUGAGAUUAUACCUACAAGGAGCCCUCGCGAUCAGUGAGAUAGGUUUCGCGAACCACGAGACUAUCGCGUACGAGUUCCUCUCGCAGGCGUUCUCGUUGUACGAAGACGAGAUAUCUGACAGCAAGGCACAGUUGGCUGCUAUUACGCUGAUUAUCGCUACGUUCGAACAGAUUAAUUGCUUUGGUGCUGAAAACGCGGAGCCAAUGCGUACACAAUGUGCUCUAGCGGCUAGCAAGCUACUGAAGAAGCCCGACCAGAGCCGCGCUGUGGCCUUGUGUGCUCAUCUCUUCUGGAAGGCCGCUAAGGAUGGGAAACAGUGGCAUCUAAACGAGGCAUCUCGUGCCCUCGACUGCUUGAAGAAGGCAGGCCGCGUUGCUCAGCAGUGCAUGGACGGCGGCGUGCAGGCACAGUUGCUGGCGGAGCUGCUCGGCCGGUAUGCGCUGCUACGGGAGCGAGGCAACGAGGCGCUUACUACUAACCUUAUUGAUGCCGUGAUCCAAAAAAUUCGCGAAGAAUUAGCGAACCUAGAUCAGUCUGAGGAAGUGGAACAGAUCACGAAGCACUUCCACAAUACUCUGCAGCAUCUCAAGAACAGGAUGGAGUGUCCUGACCCUGAGGGUUUGGGGUAUGAGGGCCUUAAUCUGGCUUAGGGUAACAGGUAAUGGCCUUACCUUGACCUAGGCUCUAGUCUAGCUUAAGAUAUAGGGUAAAAUGCCUCACCCAGUUUAAAAGCUGGGGUAAGGGCUUACCUUCCUUCGAAGCUAGGGUAAUAAGUCAUUACCCUGGUUUGGAAACUAGGGUAAAAAGCCUUACCCUGGUUUAGAAGUAAUUGUAAGGUGUUACCCUGUCUAAAAAGCGAGUGUGAGGUCUUACCCCUAUUUAGAAGCUAGGGUCAUAAACGUUACCCAGCUUAUAAGCUAGGGUAAGAAGAGCUUAGGGCAUAGAGUAAGAAGCCUUACCCUAGAUUAAAGUGAAAUGUGUUCGCAUUAGCAAAAAGUGAAGUGAUUUUGUGAUUUUAAACAGUAAUUUUUGUGGUGUUUCUGUCUAUAUUAAGUUUCACAAAUGUGCACGAAGUUGUCAAUGUAUUUUAUGCAUCAUAAAAUAAAUAAUAAUAGUUCAAAUAUCACAAAAAAUACUUUUAAUAAAGAAAUUAUCUGUAUUACAUAUUUUGAUAAUAGUUAUUUGUUAUACAAGAGUGCAAAGUUGCUUUUUAACCGCGGGCUCAAUUUUGAUGACCGAGCAAGCGAAGGAUUCUAAAAUUGAAACACGAGCGUAGCGAGUGUUUCAAUAAUUAGAAUCCUGAGCGAUAGCGAGGGAAUCAAAAGAGCACAAGGUGAAAAAUCUUUGCACUCGAGUGCAACACGUAACUUUUCAUCCCACCUCAUCGAGGAAAUUUAAAAACAAAAUGGCGCGCACAUAUGAGUAUCAAAUUAAAAAGAAGUUCCUAGUAAAGUUCAUUUAUUUGAAAACUCAGUUUAAAAAUGAAACGAGGUUAAAAAUCUAUGUAAAAACAAUAAUAAAAAUUACUUAAUUAAUCGAAUAAUUAUUUUAAGCAGUAUUUUAUUUGUUUAAUAUGUAUUUGUUUGAAAAGUCUUAUCAAGAUUGUCACAAAUGUAGUAUUGCACACGAUGUUCUAAAUUCAAAUCACUUUGCCGCUCUAGAGGAUAAAAACGGCUUUUGCGCUCAGAUAUCAAAGGGUAAAACUAUUCUUUCCGAGAUGGUGGGAUGAAAAAAUUAUGGUAAGCUGGUUCUAUUGCCUUAUUUGGUACAAUUUUGACCGAUUUAGGUAAAAAAAUGGAAUGUUUGUUACUAAACCACAUUCCUCUUAUUUUAAUAUUAACGUUAAUUAAUCUCAUGUUAUAUUAAGUGUAAAUAAGUUACGAAUAUAAUUUCUAAUGUAUUCUAUUUAAGUUUUAAUACGUAAUGUUUUAUAGAAGCAAUUAUAUUUCGUGUUAUUUU